AUGGGCGAUGACAUGGAGAAAACCGAGGCGCAGGUGGGUUGUGCAACCGAGUCGCAGCUCCUGCUCGUGCGCUUUUAUCCGGACCUCAUCCAUCCCCCCUUUUACCGCCGCGCGCCCCCCACUUCUUCCGCCCACCCACUUCCCCCCCCUUGGCCCCCCCAGCUCCUGCUCAUGCGCCUGUACCCGGACCUCAACCAGCUGUCCGCGGGGGAGCGCGUUCAGCAGCGCGUGAAGCGCAUGGGCGGCGACGUUCGGCAGCUAGUGGAGCAGCUGUGGGCGGAGGUGGAGGACAUGGAGCGCGCGCGCAUGCAGGCCCGGGCGGCACGGGCGGCAGGCACCAGGGGAGGAAGCAAUGGUGAAGCUUCCUCCGGAGUGGUUUCGUCUCCCGGUGGUGGAACAUCUGUCGGUGGAGCUGGUAGUUCCGCCGUUACAUCUGCCGUUUCAUCUUCUGACGCUGGAACUGUAACCCGCCCUGAGAAGCCGAAGAGUCCCGCCCCGCCCCUUGUUGCGCCGCCCAGCCACCCAGCGCGAGCCGCCGCCCAAUCCCUCGCCGCUUCCCCCGGUGGAACUUCACAAACGGACAAAGGCACCCGCCCUGCUGCUGUCCCGAGGCCAGCGGGGUCUGGGCGGUUUGAUAAUGCUGCAGAGGCGAGCAAGGUCUCUUCUGACAAGGGCGUGCAAGGGGAGACGAUGGGAGGAAAGGCGAAGAAGGGGAAGAAGGGGAAUAAGGAGAAAGAGGAGAGGAAAGAGGAGAGGGAAGAGGAGAGGGAAGGGGUGAUGCCCGUGUUGCAGAGGCCUGCAGGGUCCGUGCACGCGGUAGAGGCGAGCAGCGGCGUGGAGGGGGAGAUGAAGCAGAAGAAGGAGGAGAAAGCGCAGAGGGAAGGGGUGAUGCCCGUGUUGCAGAGGCCUGCAGGGUCCAUGCACGCGGUAGAGGCGAGCAGCGGCGUGGAGGGGGAGAUGAAGCAGAAGAAGGAGGAGAAAGCGCAGAGGGAAGGGGUGAUGCCCGUGUUGCAGAGGCCUGCAGGGUCCGUGCACGCGGUAGAGGCGAGCAGCACAGUGGUGGCUGAGAAGGGCGUGGAGGGGGAACGACCUGCAGAGAAGAACAAGGACGAAAGGGAAGUCGUCCUGCCGGCGUUACAGAGACCUGUGGGUUCAGGGGAGGCUGUGAGCGCUGAAGAGGCCAGCAGGGUGCCUGACAAGGGCAAGACAGGGGAGACAAUGGAUGGGAAGACGAGGGAAAUGGCGAAAGAGGAGGAGAGGGAGCAAGUCCUGCCGGCUUUACAGAGACCAGUGGGGGGUUCAGGGGAGGCUCCUGGGACCACCAGCAACCCCCAAGCUGUGACGCCUAUCCCCAACGGCCUUCCGCCUGUCCUUGUCACCCCUCCACCUGUUGACCACUCCCCCAAGCCUGGGACAACCAGCAACCCCCGGGCGGUGUCGCCUAUCCCCAAGGGCCUUCCCCCCGUCGUCACCCCUCCACCUGUCGACCUGCGCCGCACCCAUCCUGAUUUCUCUCGCCCGCCCUUCCCCCCCAAACCCUGUUCUUUCCACCACUGCAGGCCUUCCAAGCCAGGGACCACCAGCAACCCCCAGGCUCCUGGGACCACCAGCAACCCCCAAGCUGUGACGCCUAUCCCCAAGGGCCUUCCCCCUAUCGUCACCCCGCCACCUGUUGACCUGCCAGCCCCUCCCCUCCCUACUCUCCCACCCCGUUUUUCCCCACUCUCCAGGCCUUCCAAGCUUCUGAACACCAGCAACCCCCAGGCUGUGACGUCUAUCCCCAAGGGCCUUCCCCCCGUCGUCACCCCGCCACCUGUCGACCUACCAGUCUCUCAGUCACUCACCCCUGUUCUCUCCCCCACUGCAGGCCUUCCAAGCCUCUGA